CUAUUUCACACAGCGGGUCAUCUCGCGCAUUCCGUGCUCAGCCGCGCAAUUUGGCUUCCAAUCGAACGCAAACCAGCAGUUGUUGUGAGUUUCCAGUGGGCAUUGUGAUCUUGCCGCGACUUUAUUAAUUCAUGCUCGCGCGCUCUUUAGUUGUUGGCCAAGUGUCGUGCUGUUUCCACUGAAUUCGAUUGUUGACGCGAACCAUCGACGAGACGAACGAAACGACCCAAAUGAAAAGUUACGGAUUCAACGAAGCAAACGAGUGUCAAGCAAAGUUUACGAUUCACGAUAACCAAAUGCUGGCAUCCGUCGGUGGUCGCGACUGAAAAUUCGUUUCGAUGCCAAGUGAAAAUAAAAAAAAAAUAUGAAUGACAGCUUAUUUUGCUUGUCUCGAAAAAGUUUUGAUUAUUAAUUGCAAAAAAGGAAUUUACAACAAAAGAAAAAAAGAGGCUAACGCCAAUUCGGGUGCUGUAUGGCAAAGUGCAAUUUCUAAGCCUUGUACCAAGGGAUAUAAUAAGUGGAUUGUUUUUUUCGUUAAAUUUUCUUGAAAUUUCAAAAGUUUUAAGGGGAGAACAAAUCGUACCCUAAAAUGGAUAUGACUGGGGCUAAUUCGCUGAAUAUGCGGCCAUUAUUUGCGGGCUAUCCUUUCCAGGGUCAGGGACGCGUUAAUCAACUUGGAGGUGUCUUCAUCAAUGGACGACCGCUUCCCAAUCAUAUACGUCUGAAAAUUGUCGAAAUGGCCGGCAGUGGUAUACGUCCCUGUGUCAUAUCACGCCAGCUACGAGUAUCGCAUGGCUGUGUAUCAAAGAUUUUAAAUCGUUAUCAGGAGACAGGAUCCAUAAGGCCGGGAGUUAUUGGUGGAUCUAAGCCCAAAGUAACAUCGCCCGAAAUUGAAGGCCGCAUUAAGGAAAUGUGUAAAGCAAAUCCUGGUCUAUUCAGUUGGGAAAUACGAGAGAAACUAAUAAAGGAAGGCUACACCGAUCCGCCCUCAACGUCAUCGAUAAGUCGUUUGUUGCGUGGAAACGAUCGCAGCAGUGAUGAUGGGCGCAAAGACUACAGCAUUCAUGGCAUACUUGGCGGGCGUGAUUCCGACAUAAGUGAUACUGAGUCCGAACCCGGCAUUCCCUUGAAACGUAAACAACGUAGAUCUCGCACCACAUUCUCUGCCGAUCAGCUGGAAGCUUUGGAGAGAGCCUUUGCCCGCACUCAAUACCCCGAUGUUUAUACCAGAGAAGAAUUGGCCCAAAGCACACAGCUGACAGAGGCACGCAUUCAAGUGUGGUUUAGCAAUAGAAGGGCAAGGCUGCGCAAACAUUCAGGCGGUGGCAAUAUGAAUAGUGCCCCCAAUACCUCAGGAGUACCAACAUCACCGGCAGCAGCCACCGGUGUUCCAGGCUCAGGUCCCUUGUCAUUUGGCUCUUUGGCUAUGGGCUCCAUGGGUUACAGUCCGGCUGCAGGAACCACAGCCUCUAGCGCCGGCAUGAAUGAUCAGCACAGUGUACAUGCAGCUGCAGCAGCCGCUGCGGCUCAUCAUCCCGCCCACCAUCAUCAUCAUCACCACCAUCAUUCACAAAUGGGAGGCUAUGACUUAAUGGCUGCCCAAUCGGCACAUCAAGGGUUUUCGGGUAGCUUUCAUAAUACACAUUUUGCGGGUCAAAAUUACUAUCAUCAAGACUACUCGAAAUUGUCCAUUGAUGACUUCUCCAAGCUUACGGCUGAAAGUGUUUCGAAAAUCUCACCCUCGCUUCAUCUGAAUGACAACUAUGCCAAAUUGGAAAAUCCCUCGAAUUGGUCUCAAGCAGCCGCCUAUCAAACAGCGGCAGCUGCAGCAAAUUAUUCCGCCGCCCAUGCGCAUGCCCACCUAAACGAGUAUGCGGCAGCUGCAGCAGGUUCGGCUCUAACGCAUAACAAUGUUACGGCUGCUGCUUCGACGCCCUAUCAGCAUGCACCACUGCCUCAAAGUGAUGCAAAAUAUUGGUCAUGAAUACUAAGGCUCCCGACAAUUGUGGUAUUCUAAUGUGGAUCAACCAGUGGUGACUCCUAAAAUCUCCUAAUGAGGCAUUUAAUGUUUAUAUUAAAUUUAUUUGUGAGAAAUGCUUUGUAUAUUACAAGUGAAACUCCUUGGACGGCCUGAUCGGCAAUUGAUAAUUUAAAAUUGUUUCCUAACUUAUUUUCUUUUCAGUGUACUAUUUUUAAACAAGCCAUGACAUCUCAUUUAUUUAUUGCUACAUAUUUUCUCAAAAAAGAUUUUGCUAUUUUCUAUAUAUUGUAUAUUUUUCAUUGUGUGAAUAUACAUAAAUGAAAAAGAUGAAACAAACUUAAAACUCCGUUUACACUGCUCUCUAAAUCCGGAUUAAAUGGCUCGAUCAUCUGUUUUAUCAGCUGACGAGAGCCUUAAAUUCGGAUUUAAUAAGCAGUGUAAACAGCUCUUUCCAAAAUUAUUCU